AUGUCCCGCGAUGGCGAUGAAGACGCAAUCUUCGCCUAUAGGAAUUCGAUUCUUCACGCCGAAACCAAUUUCAAGGCUAGAGUCGCAGCCAAUGAUUGUCCAUCAACAGAUGUCAAGAGCUACGAGAUUCUGACGAGAGCCGCUGCUGGGAAGUACAACAUCAUAUACAAAGCUAGGAAAGAUGGCAAAAUCUGCGUCAUCAGACAACAGCUCAAGAAACCGUUGGGUGAAACCUCGAUGAUCGACCCGACGCGAAUAGUUCAGGAGAAGAAAUUCCUGUACGCCAUGAACAGCAAGUUCAUCGUGAGAAUAUUCGCUAAAGACAAAGACGAAAUGUUCGUCUACACCAUCAUGGAGUACACACCUUGGGGGGACUUGAGAAGAUACCUGAAGAAUAGAGCCCAACCUGAGGCUCUCGCCGUCAAGAUGAUCGGCCAAGUUGUUCUGGCUCUUGAGUACAUCCACGCAUGCAACAUUAUUUACCGCGAUUUGAAGCCAGAUAAUAUUCUGAUCUUCCCCGGCGGUCGCUUGAAAAUCACCGAUUUCAAGCGUGCGUGCCUGGGCAAAUACUGCGGGGACAAAUUCGGGGCGAAUUGCCUAUACGCGCCUCCGGAAAUCAUAAACCAGGCUCUGUACACCUGCGCGGCCGACUGGUGGGCCUGCGGUAUUCUAUUGUAUCUCAUCUUGCUCAACUCCCAUCCCUUUGUUACGACCGAAAUCGAGAGGAAAGCAAUCUUCGACCGCGUCCUGAAGAAACGCUUGCAGGUACCCGAGGGGGAUGCCAUCAGUGCGGAGGCGAAAGACCUAAUCAAGGCCCUCCUCGUGAAGGAUCAUACGAAGAGACUAGGCUCUGAGAAAUUCGGUGUGGAUAUUGUCAAGAGGCAAGACUGGUUCAAAGACCUCGAUUUCAUGGCUCUUAUAUCCGCCGAUGAGAUAUUCCCCCUCAAUCCUCGGAGAAAUCACGAGAGCAGAGAGGAACCUGCUUCGGCGGACGUAUUCCAAAACACCAAGCCCGAUUCUUUCGAUGAAGAGCGGGAGCUAUUUAAGGAAUUCUGA